AAAACUUAUCAACGACUACGACGCCCACACGUCAAACUGUCAAAGGACGCAAAUCCGAAUUUGAUCUCAAUUGCAUCAAACCCUAGAGCAUCAUCAAUCUCUCCGAAUUUCUCUCGUGCUCUCCGCUUUCUCGCCAUUCUUCGGGAUUCGCGAUUCCACCGCUUGAUCCUCGCCGAUCUGAUUGGCUACGAUUGUUUACAGGUCAAAUGCUACAUAUUGCAAACAAAACUACUUUCUUCAUGGAGGAGCUUCAUGACGUGUAUUUCUAUAGACGAUGACGACAAAGAUGGACAAUUCAGCUGAUCUUUCAUCAAGAGAGCGUGCUCAACGCCUUUACAACAAGAAUGUUGAGUUGGAGAGUAAGCGUCGAAGGUCGGCCCAGUCCAAAAUUCCAUCAGAUCCUAAUGCCUGGCAACAGAUGCGAGAAAAUUAUGAAGCAAUUAUCCUUGAAGAUCAUGCUUUUGCUGAACAACAUGAAAUAGAGUAUGUUUUGUGGCAGUUGCAUUACCGCCGGAUUGAGGAGCUACGAGGACACUUCAAUGCUGCUCUUGCUCCAACUGGUUCAGCCACAUCUCAGGGCGGGAAAGUUUCCGCACGACCUGAGCGAGUUGCUAAAAUUCGUUCCCAGUUUAAGAACUUUCUUUCUGAAGCUACAGGAUUUUAUCAUGAUCUUAUGCUCAAAAUCAGAUCAAAGUAUGGUUUACCUCUGGGAUAUUUCUCUGAUGGUCCAGAGACUCAGAUUGUUCUCUCUAAAGAUGGAAAUAAAUCUGCCGAGACAAAGAAAGGGCUCGUUUCUUGUCACCGUUGUCUAAUUUACUUGGGUGAUCUUUCGCGUUAUAAAGGUUUAUAUGGGGAAGGUGAUUCAAAGACUAGAGAUUUUGCAGCGGCAUCAACUUACUAUAUGCAAGCUUGCUCACUUUGGCCUUCAAGUGGCAAUCCUCAUCACCAGCUUGCGAUAGUGGCUUCCUACUCUGGGGAUGAAUUGUUGGCAAUAUAUCGCUACUUCCGGAGUCUGGCAGUUGAUAACCCAUUUUCAACUGCUAGAGAUAACUUAAUAGUCGCAUUUGAAAAGAAUCGUCAGAGCUUUUCCCAACUUGUGGGUGAUGCCAAUGGUACAUCAGUAAAGAGUGCACCAAUGCAAAUGAAUGUGAAAGAAAGAGGAAAAGUUGGAACAACAACCUUGAACGAUAGUAAAAUGGAAGCUAGUUCUGUGAAGCAAAAUUCGUCUUGUACACCUGAAGAUUUUAAAGCUUUCAGCAUUCGAUUUGUGCGACUAAAUGGCAUCCUCUUUACACGCACAAGCUUGGAGACUUUUGGAGAAGUGUUCUCUAUGGUUAGAGGUGAUUUGAUUGAGCUUCUCUCGUCGGGGCCUGAAGAAAACUACAAAUUUGGUUCAGGUGCUGCAGACGUUGGAGUUCUCAUUGUUAGGCUCAUAGCCAUUGUCAUAUUCACAGUGCAUAACGUGAAUCGAGAAGUUGAGAAUCAAUCCUACGCUGACAUUUUACAACGAUCGGUUCUACUUAAGAAUGCUUUUACUUUCGUCUUUGAGUUUACGGGGCUCAUCGUCAAGAGAUGUCUACAACUGCAUGAUGCUUCUGGAAGCUCUCUAUUGCCUGGUGUGCUGAUAUUUAUGGACUGGUUAGCAUGUCAUCCAGAUUUUGCAGCUGGAAGUGAAGUAGAUGAAAAGCAAGCUGCUGCACGAUCAUUUUUUUGGAACAACUGUAUCAUACUAAUGAAUAAACUCUUGUCCAAUACAGCCAUUUCAAUUGAGGAGGACAAAGAUGAAACAUGUUUUUUCAACAUGAGCAGAUAUGAUGAGAGUGAAACUUCGAAUCGGCUUGCAUUAUGGGAGGACUUUGAAUUAAGAGGAUUCGUUCCCCUUGCUCCUGCGCAAUCAAUUCUUGAUUUUUCGAGGAAGCAAUCCCUUGGAAGUGAUGGUAGUGGAAAGGCAAAGAGAGCUCGUCUUCAGAGGAUUAUAUCAGCUGGAAAGGCUCUUAUAAGCGUUGUUCGGGUUGGGCAGCAAAGCAUGUACUUUGAUUCAAGGGGGAAGAAAUUUUCUGUUGGUGUUGAGCCUGAAAUAGCUGAUUAUGAGCUGAUUGAUUCUUUUGAAGCUCCUGUUUCAAAUGGUUUGGCAGAAGAACAUUCAGGUAAGCAGAAAGUGGGAUUGGGACUUUUACAGUCGAAGUCGCAGUUACACAUGGAUGGAGAAGAAGAGGACGAGGUCAUUGUUUUCAAACCCACUGUGAGUGAUAAGCAAGCUGAUUGCGUUGGCUUGUUGCAUUCUGAGAUUCACGGAAGUUCUUCUAAUGCUUCACAGAGUGAUAUUGGAAGUUCUGUUGGUACCAUUUCAGCCCCCCAUAAUGGUAGUUUCAUGAUGAAUGCUUUUGAUACAAACGGGUGGCCAACGGCAUCUCUUUCUACUAUUCCAUUGCCUUUGAAACCAAUCCAACCUAGCACUUCAAAGUGGCAGAGGGAGUCUGAAGUUUCUGUUGCAAAUGGGUUAAACAAUUUGAAUUUGUUGGAGAAUGGGCUUGUCGUGAAGCAUAGGUUGCAAGAAUAUGUUGGAGUUAUGCAGCCUGCUAUAGAUUCUCUUCCUCUCCCGCUCUCUAUGGAUCUCAUUUCUCGCCAUGCGUUUUCUGGUCAAGUUUCUGAUUCUAUAAUACCUUCUAAACUUGAUUCUGUCAUGCCUUCAGAACAAAGUUUUGAUGGUCUGCAUGUGAAGUCGUCAUCAGCCUUGCCAGUAGUUGCCAGAAAGAAUCCUGUGGGCCGUCCAGCUCGUCGUGUUGGUCCUCCACCUGGAUUUAGCCAUGUUCCCCCAAAACCUGUAAAUGAGUCCCUGUCUGGUAUUGUGGAUGGUAAUAUGCGGAUGGAUGAUUAUAGCUGGCUAGAUGGAUAUCAACUGCCAUCAUCAACAAAAGGCAUGGGGUUUACAAAUACUACCAAUCACACAGCUCAAUCAUACCUUCAUGCUAAUGUGACCAACAGCAUGGGGUCAAGCUUUCCGUUCCCUGGAAAACAAGUCCCAACAAUGCAACCUCAAAUGGAAAACCAUAGAAUUCAGCAGGAGUACCGGGUUCCUGAUCAUCUGAAGCUAUACCAUGAGCUGCAGCAACAACAACUUGGCAAACCAAUGCAGCAACCUAUGCCGCUGCCAGAGCAGUUUAAGGGAGUUCCUCCUCGGGAAGGUCGUUUCUUUGUGUGAAAUCAUUAUGAGGAUAUAGAUGAAUCUUUUGCAUUGAAGAUCCUGCAAACUGGCACGACCUGAUUCAGUCUUUGCCUUUGCAGCCCUGCCAAUAUUAAGUAAUUUUUGUUGGAUAAUCUUGGUCUUGCGGGCACCUGCGUCCAAAUUGCUUUUGCUGAGCUUUCCAGUCGCUGUGAAUGGUGGUUGUGAUCUGGUUAGAGCUUGAAAAUGUGGCACUUACGAUGAUACAUCGCCUUUCUGAAUGGGUUGAUCGCCCACAUAGUGUUUUGGAAGCAUUGGGCAAUUGUCAAUGUUUGCUACCUGGCGAAAUGAAAAGAAACAAGAUUCUUUACUUAAAUGAGAGGUGAAGGCAUGUCGGGGGAGAAUGGCAUAACCCCCUACUAGUCAAUAAUUGCAGUUAUGGGCAAAGGAGUACCAAAGGUAAGAGUCAUCAGGGCAGCUUGUGCGCCUGCCUUGAGGAGGAUCAAAUUUGGAAUUUUAAUGGAAAAAGGUUGGUUCAUGUGAAGUUGAACUUGUGAUGUCAAAUGGUAAUAAAUAUGCGAGCAGAUACGCAUUAUGCUGUUUAAAAUGUUUUUAUUUUCCAGUUAAUCUGGAUGACUUGUGCUUCAACGUUGUGUUGUGUGAACUUAAUAGGCCGUGUGCCUUAUUGUUCUCUACUUUAAACUCUUGCUCGUCAUAUUUUGUUUAUGGUAACUGGUAAGGUUGUUUAUAUGGU